GUUCUUUAAUGUAUAAAUUAAUAUCAGUAGAAGAAAAUUUGAAUAUUAAUCAUGAUGAUAUUAUUACGUAUAUUUCUGAGAACACAUUUAACGUACCAGGUGCUACACAUGUUGUAACAGGAAUAAAAUGGGGAAGCACUAUGAUUGCGUCAUUUGAGUAUGAGAAAACAAACGAAAAAGAUACAUCACAAGUCAAAGGAAUUCUUAAAGCCAACCUUGAAAUGCUUUCGCCAUAUAUUCCUACCCCUCAAGGGACCGGAGAUGUUCUUAAUGUCAACAAAGGACAAACUGAUAUUAAGGAUCGGUUUUCUAUAAAAAUUUUUGGAGAUGUUAUUACUGAUGAUAAAAUUCUUCCUCAAUCCUUCGAUGACGCAAAAAAAAUAAUGGCCGAACUACCAUCAUAUGUUAAAAAAUAUAAUCACGGAAAAGGUGUUCCAAUUGAACUUAAACUUUAUCCAUUGUCUAAACUUGCAAGGCAGCUUAAGCAAAAUAUCACUAUCAAUUGUAUGAUAACGGAACUGAAUGAAGAAUCAAUUUUAAAAGUAGAACAAGUUUUUGAUAAUUUUUUAAAAUCUAAAAAAAUGCUCAAUGAUUUAUAUAAUGAUGCGCAAAUUAUCUCCGAUUAUAUAAAAUACGAAACUUUAGAUGAAAUUGAAAAACAUGUGCAGCACGUUGAAAUAGAGGAGACAAAUAUCAGAAAAGAACUCGCCGAUUGUCUUGUUGAAGUACGUUCUGGUAAAUGUGACACUAAUGAGAUUGAGAAAAAGAUAACUAAAUUUCAGGAAAGCAUUCUAUCCAAGGAAUCUAUUUUGACAUUUAUUAAAAAAUACAAAAUUGUACAAGAAAAAGCCAAUUUAAUUUUCAAUUUGAAGACAAAAAAUGUAGAGUAUGUUAAAAAAGACGCAACAAUUGACUACAUUAUACAGAUAUAUCAGGACUACGAAGUCUACAUUCUUCUUGAUAAUGAUGAAUAUAUUGUUGGUGGUAAUUCUUCACCAGAAUAUACUAAAUUUCAAGACUUAUUUAAAAAUUCAGAUGAUGUUUCUUGCAAAUUUUUAAUAGCAGAACUUAAAAUAUGUACGAGAAUAAAAGGGCCUGGUUAUCCAAUUAUUCUUCAUUACAUCAAGGGAAAGCCAGCACAUGAUAGCUACAGUUUUGUUGAUGAGGAAAUAAACAUAUUGUUGCUUGGUGAAGUCGGAGUAGGAAAAUCUACAUUUAUUAAUUCUUUUGCGAAUUAUUUUACAUUUAAUUCAUUAGACGAUGCAAGGUCUAAAGAAAGAGUUUUGAUUCCGUCUGAAUUCAUAAUAACAGACAGUCAUGACAAAAAAGCUAAAUUAAUAAAAAUAGGUGAAAAUGAUUUGAACGAACAAUUUAAAAACAAAGAAAUAUCAGCUACUAGGGGUUGUAAAAAAACAUCAUACCAUCCAGGAAAUACGCUACCACCACUUAAAAAGCAACUUAGCGAUCUUUUUCAUAAAUCUGGUAUUGAAAUCAAGGCUCAAAAAGAUACAAUCUAUUGUCUUGAUAAUGAAGCUUUUAGAUUUCUAGCAGCAGCUAAAAAAAUAUAUCUUUUAAUGUUGAAGAAAAUUUCGCGAUUAGUUGGAAAAAUUCAUCGUCCACCCCACAAAGUCAAAGAGACACUAUUAUUUAACAAAGCUAGGAGAGUAGUUGAACAUCUUGAAGCCAUACAAUCUCAGAUCUUUACUGAAAUUCUAUUAAAAGAGACUAAAAUUCAAUUAAAAGAGACUAAAAUUCAAUUUGAACAAAAGACCAUUGGGAAGCCUAACGAUGAUGCGAUGUUUAAGAUGCAAGUGGAGCACAAUAAAAUACUAUCUGACGUUUUAUCUGACGCCAAGAGGUUUAUAGAAUAUGAAAAGGAUAUUGAUAAUACGGAUGAUACAGCAAAAAUCCAGAAAACGCUAAAGGAAAAAAAGCUAAAGGAAAGAAAGAUUAUAGUCGAGAUUAAAGAGAUGUUUGAUUUAUUCUUAAACCAAAAUUCAAUAGUAACUAUGGAUGAAAAUAAACAAUUAAAAUGUUCAGAAAUGUUUGAUAAAAAUGGUUCUAAUACUUUAUUUUCAUUAAGUGACAUAGAUAAGCUUGAAGAUAAAUUAUAUAAUUUGCCAAUAUUUGGCCGAACUAUAUAUAAAAAGUUUGAAGAAGAAUUUAAACAGAAGAAUAAUCAAUUUAGAUAUUUAGAACAUCACUGUGAGCUUCCUGAAAAUAAUAUUGC